CGCAAUUAAAACACGUGUAAUUACUUUUGUCUAUUUUUAAUUUAAUCAGGCCCCGUGAGAUGGGCGGGACUUGGGCGGUGUUUUCUCGUGCAGGCGUCGACUCCUGCUCUCCUUGAGGAAACUCGCCCUGACGAGUCAUAUUUUCCUCUAAAUGGACAGCCACAUCCGAACGUCAAUAUGAUGCCACAUUUAUUCCCCGGUUUACCGUAGUUGUCAGACGGCGUCGUUCAAGAAAGGAUUAUCGUUUUUGUGACCCAUUAGCGUUAGCAUGACAACAUCGGUGAAUGCGCCGGAGCAGCUUCAGUAAUGAGACCGAAAUUCAGACCGACCCAGCCUUGAUACACUCUGCCUCUUUAAGGAGGCCUGUUUAUGUCCACAGUGUGAGACCCCCACAGCAUUUUGCCACUUCCUGCAUCCCUGCUUGGUUCUUCUUGGCCCGGUUUCUGUGGUCAUGUCAAGCCCUAGCAGCAGUCCCGAGAGAGAGGGAGGGGUGGUAACUUCUGUCCAACUUGAGAAUCUCACAUCUCCUGCUGGGUUGGAAACCGACCCUGCAUUUGUCAACAGUCCAGUGCUCAGUCCAGACUCCAGUUCCCAUGAUGCCGUGCUCUCCGCCCCGGCAGCCUCCCCGGCUGAUUCAGAGAACCUCAGUCCAGAUGAGCUUGAGCUACUGGCUAAACUGGAGGAGCAGAACAGGCUGUUAGAGGCAGAUUCAAAGUCCAUGCGCUCUAUGAGUGGAUCUCGAAGGAAUAGUGGCUCCUCUUUAGUGUCAAGCUCAUCUGCAUCAUCCAACCUAUCCCAUCUGGAGGAAGACACCUGGAUCUUGUGGGGACGUAUCGUUAAUGAGUGGGACGAGUGGAGACGAAAGAAGGACAAACUUUUAAAGGAGCUUAUAAGGAAAGGCAUUCCUCAUCAUUUCCGAGCAAUUGUUUGGCAGCUCUUAUGUAAUGCCACUGACAUGCCAGUGAAGAAUCAGUAUUCUGAACUCUUAAAGAUGUCUUCUCCAUGCGAGAAACUCAUACGCAGAGACAUUGCCCGCACGUAUCCCGAACAUGACUUUUUUAAGGGCCAGGACAGUCUGGGACAGGAAGUUCUGUUUAAUGUCAUGAAGGCAUAUUCUCUUGUGGAUCGAGAGGUUGGAUAUUGCCAGGGCAGUGCCUUCAUUGUAGGGUUACUACUAAUGCAGAUGCCAGAGGAGGAAGCUUUCUGUGUGUUUGUUAGACUAAUGCAGGAAUACAGGCUUAGAGAGCUGUUUAAGCCCAGCAUGGCUGAGCUGGGUCUGUGCAUCUACCAAUUCGAACACUUGCUACAGGAGCAGUUGCCCGAGUUGAACGUUCAUUUCCGAUCUCAGAGUUUCCACACAUCUAUGUAUGCUUCAUCCUGGUUCCUUACACUUUUCCUCACUUUCCUGCCCCUGCCGAUAGCUACACGUAUAUUUGACAUCUUUAUGUAUGAGGGUUUGGAGAUUAUAUUUCGAGUUGGAAUAGCGAUACUACAGUACAACCAGACGGACCUCAUACAGUUAGAUAUGGAGGCAAUGUCACAGCACUUUCAGAAGGUGAUCCCCCACCAGUUCGACAGCUGCCUGGAUAAGCUUGUCCUACGGGCCUAUCAGGUCAAAUACAAUCCCAAGAGAAUGAAAAAGUUAGAAAAGGAGUACACCACCAUCAAGAACAAAGAGAUGGAGGAACAGAUUGAGAUUAAGAGACUGCGUACAGAAAACAGACUAUUGAAACAGAGGAUUGAAACGCUAGAAAAAGAGAGUGCAGCAUUAGCAGACAGGUUGAUUCAGGGUCAGGUGACACGAGCCCAGGAGGCAGAGGAGAACUACGUUAUUAAGCGUGAACUGGCCGUGGUUCGGCAGCAGUGUUCUUCUACCAGCGAGAGUCUGGAGAAGGCACAGGACACCAUAAGAGAACUUCAGCAACACAAGUUCACAGCGGAGUUUGUAAGUGGACUGCAGACUCAGUUGGAACAAUCUCGGCUGCAGGAGGCAGAACUGCUUGGUGCUCUGAAAGAAAUGCAGGACAAAGUUCUCGACCUGGAAAAGAGGAACAACUCUCUGCCUGAUGAAAUUAAUGUAGCUCAGCUUCAGGAUGAGCUGAAGCUUGUCAAACUGAGAGAGCAGGAGACUCUACGCUCCUUCAAAGAGAUGCAGGAGGCCGUUACUGACCUCAACCACUGCUGGCAGCAUCAUACCUCUCGUGCAGGAGGAGGUCAUUGGAAGGAGUCCCCUAAGAAGAAUGCAUUGAAUGAGCUACAGGAUAAACUAAUGGGCAUGAGGCUGCGAGAGGCUCAGACUCAGGCUGAACUUAAAGAGGUCAAACUUAAAAACCUACAGCUGGAAAGUCAGAACCAGAUCAACUGUAAGUUAGUAAGUAGAAAUGAACAGGAGUGCGCCGCCCUGCAGGAGAGACUGCAGAAUUCUCUUUCUCACAGCAAAACACUACAAAGCCAAGUCAAUGAAAUGAAGAGAAAGCAGGCCGAGUCUGACUGCAAGAGCAAGGAAGAAGUGAUGGCCGUACGUCUAAGAGAAGCUGACAGUAUGGCAGCAGUGGCUGAACUCCGGCAGAGGAUAUCCGAGCUGGAAAUACAGAAAGAGGAAGGACUGAUCCAAGGCCAGCUAAACCACUCAGACUCGACACAGUAUAUAACGCAACUGAGGCAGCAGAUUGCUGAACUCAAGAACGAGAUCAGGCAGCUACGUGGACAGCCCUCCAAGUUCCAGAAUACCAGUGGUGGCGUUUAUCAGGACCUGUGUUUGGCCAGCCCGGCGUCUGCGGAAGGCGAUUAUCCCAGUUCAGACGAGGACCCGCUUGACAGUCACCUCCCUGUGAGUGCCCUGUACACACACCACACGUCAUCUCAUCUGGACAGCCAAGGCAGCACGGACAGCGAUGGUGAGGAGCGGAUCCCCCACCAAAAUCCCUGCCCAGACCCUCUGCCCAACCAGCAGCAGCUUUACCCGGGCAUGGUGUGUGCUGAAGGACUGGAGAAUUGAGAUUCAUUAAAAUGGUGGCCGGAAGAAGGAUGUAAACGUACAGACAAGAACAGGCCGCGCAGUGCACGCAUGCAUAGCGUGUGAGAGAGAAAGAGAGAGAGAUACAUUUACACGAACGCUGUCAGAGGUACGGCAGGAAACUGAUGCAUAGCGCCACACUCAUAGUACCCUCUCAUCUUUUUCUCUCUUUCGUACCUUUGGUUUUCCUUUAUCAGUAUCAUAUAUACAGUAAACACGUGCACGUGUAACAGGGUCCGAAAUUAACUGAUUCAUGUGUGCCAAUCAUGUAGUAUAGAGGAAAAUUUACUAUUUAUUACUUAGCAAAAACAUUUUUUUAAAUAAAGGCCUAUUUAUUAUUUAGUUGCACUGGGAUUUUAAUUUUUUUUAUUUUAAUGGCUAGUCUAAGCCACAUUUGUGAAGUAUUGUAGGCAACCUACAGUAGAUAAACUUCUAAUGGUACAUUUUUGGACUGAUGUAAAUCUACUUUUAUGUAGUAAACAAUUUCUAUAUCUUUAUUAGCCUGACUGACCUUCGCUAAUGCAAGUAACACGUGCAAUUCAAAUUAUCUGUUACAGUAAGUUGCUGUUCAUUAUAAAGUGAUCAGCUAGCAGGAUUUAUUUACUUGCAAAAGCCAAAAACAUUUUUCAUGUCUGGCUUUUGGCAGUUGUUAAUUCUGGACCCUGUUCAUUUACAUUGCAAACAGAGAGGUUAAACUCUGACGACUUCUCACAGUGCCAAUUUGGGGUUUUUUACUUUGUUGUUGUUUUAUUCUUUUCGAAGAACAUAUCUAAAAACAUUGUGGCCUUGAAACUACCUCUAAUUUAUCCACACACUCACUUAAAUCCUGUGAGAUGAUGAGAAGCAGGAGAAAACAGGAUGCACAGUUUCUGGUACCCCCAGUGUGUCAUUGCAACAUCCUAUCUUUGGAUCUGGAUUUUAAGACAUCGCUCUCUUUAUCUGUUGUGUCUUCAGAGGCAAACAACAGAUAUGGUGACAUUCUCAGCCUGGAUGGACGUUCUCGGUUUUGUUUUUUUGUUUUUUUGUCUUGUUCUCAUGUGCACUUUUAAGUUUAUUUUUAAACGCAACAAACACUGCAAUCACUUUAAUGAGAGGUGAUGGCUGAAGGAGAGAAAAUGGAAGAGAUAAAGGAACGAUAUGAACAAACUUUUAUUAUAUUAUGUAAUAGGGAUGUUAAUAGUUACAUACAUAGAUGAAUAUUACAAUAGCUCAUUCAUGUAUCUGUGUGUGUGUGUGUUUUAUACAAAACAAAGGUGAUCAACAUUUUGAAUGACAAAUAUUGCAGAAGAAAACUUGUCUCAACAUUGCCAAAUGUUUUUUUGUUUUGUUUGUUAUUUAUGUUUGUUUUGUAUGUUCUGCAACAAAAACUGUAAACGUACAUGAACUUCGGAGGCCAAAAUAUUUAUUUUAUAUUUUUUUCUUGUGCCAAUUCUGACAAAACAGCACAAAGCUGACACUACAGGGUCUCCAGAGAAGAGAUUAGUUUUAGGAAGGGUAAAGAACAGGAAACGACUGCUGCUAUGACAUAUCUAGUUAGUUUUACCCCAUGUUGAGUAUCUAUAUGCUCUAAACAUUUAUUAAAUACUGUGAAUUAUUAUAAACAUGACCCUUACCAGUAAUGAGCUGCUUGUAUUCAUACUGCGAUAUGAAUUUUUUAUUGCACAGGUCAGUUAUGUUUAAAUGUAUUAGGAAAGUUAUUUAUCCUGAUUGUUAACUAUCGACAUGCGAUUUGGGGUUCAAGAUGAUCCUGUACUAAAAAUAAAAUGCUGUGGUGUUGUCAACCUAGCGUUGGGUCAAAAAGGGACAAACCCAGCCGUUGGGUUAAAUUAACCCAGAAAAUGGUUAUAUUUGAUCCAACGCUGUUUGAAAAUAACCCAGCAUUUUUUAUAUUUUUUUGGGCUGUACAGCAGAACUUCCUUAAAGGGAUAGUUCACCCCAAAAUGAAGAUUUUGUCAUCAUUUACCAACUCUCGUUUUGUUACAAAACUAUACAAAUUAGUUUGUUCUGAUGAACACAAAGGAAGAUAUUUUGAGGAAUGUUUGUAACAAAACCGUUUAUGAGCCCGAUUCACUGCCAUACUAUUCUUUUUUCCUACUAUGAAAGUGAAUGGGGCUUAUGAUCGGUUUGGUUACAAAUAUUUCUCCAAAUAUCUUCCUUCGUGUUCAUCAGUACAAACAAAUGUAUACAUGUUUGUAACAACUGAGAGUGAAAAAUGAUGACAGAAUUUUCAUUUUUUUGGUGAACUAUUUCUUUAAACAUUAUAACAAAAUGGCUGCCUGAAAGUUUUUAAUUUUUAACAUUUCUGAAUAUCACUCUUGGUUAUCAUUAUUUCUAUUUAAAGAGCAAAAGCUUUGGCUUGCUGUUGUAUUUGACUGAACAACAGCAGGUUUACAUACAUAUAACUACUAAACAGAGUUAAAUAAUAGUUAUUAUACAUACACAAAGUUAAUAGAGUUGUAUACAAAUGUUUCAUAAUUGCUAAUUUAUUCUUCUUAAUCAUGUCUGGUCAUUUUAUUGUAAGAUUACAGGACCAUACCAGUACUGUCUUUAAUACCAUGUUUCCCCAACUACACAUGCAUGCGUUGUUGUCAUUGCCUUUUCCCACCACUGCCUCGUGUUGCAAAAGCUCAUCGAUCAUUGAAGUUAUGUGUUUACAUGAUUUCAAAACAUGCUGACUCUUUCCUCAGAAAAGAAGUUGCCGUCUUGAUUCCCACUGGUUAUUAAUAAGAACCGGUUAGAAGCUGUUCACAGUAACAGCUCAGCCACUUUUAAAUGUUCAACGUUUUAAAGAUAAACAUGUAUGUGCUGAUUAUCAGAUAAAAAGCCUUUUAAUCACGUUUAUUGGACAUAUCUGCAUUCGAGUGGUUGUAAACGCUAGAAGUAGUCGGGGGUUACUGUGUUUUUUUUUUUACCGCACUGCUGUCUUGACUCAGUACUGCAGUACCCAUUUCACUGAUUCUGAUCAUAUCACAUCUCUUAAAAAGUUUUUAACAGCUUAAAGAAGAACUUAACUGGAAAAUAAAUGUGCCCAGUAACUGGUUUAUUUAUACAAUUCAGGAUCGUUUCAUUUUGCAGUUCAAACGAAAGCAUUUGUAGUUUCAGUGCUGUACACUGAUUUUAGACGUGUUUCUGUUACCCCGUCUGUAAGUUUUUUUUUUUAAGUCCACAAAACUAUUUCUCAGAGCUAUGUGAAAUAUGCUUUACAACACGAAUUGGUAAAGGAAGUUGCUUUGCGUCUUUGAUUCUCGAAGAAGGGCAACUUCUGGUGGUCUCAAUUGUCAAAGGUUUUUGUCUGCAGUGGUUAAAGAAGCACAGUUUUGAUCUUUGUUCCACUGCGAUGAAUCUGGUAAAAUAAGGCAAGGCACAUUGUUCUUCAAAUGCUCAAAACAAGACACUAGUUUAGUAGAAUAUUGGAAAUUGUUCAAGCCUUGCACUUAAAAAUACUAACUUUUUAGGCCAAGCUGUGGUUUUACCAACAUUGUAGUUCAGGGCUGUUGGAUUUCGAAUUGUCAAAGGAAACUGUGCUCAUAACUUGAUUACUUCACAUGCAACGGUUUUGUGGUGUGAGUUUUAUCUUCUAAAGAAUAUUUACUUAAUAGGAACUCAGAAAAGCCUGUUUUGAAAUUAACUUCGAAUGUGAGUUUGGCAAUUUUUCAUUUUAGCUGAAACAUUUUUUUUCUUUAUGAAGAACAAAAUGUAUUUUUGAAGAAGGGUGUCUGAUAUGGUCAAACACAUUUCUGUCUCAUAGUGAGGUCCAAUUUAGCACUAUUAAUAAAAACUGAAUAUUUAUAAAAAGUAAAGGUAAAAAAUGCUAUUAUAGUUACAGUAAUGCAAAUAACAACCUUGUGGUUUUACAAGACUAUUGUUUUUCCAGCCCAUUCAUUAUUAACAUCUUAGAAAUGCUGUCAGUGUUGGAGUUAAACUGAAUACUUUUUGUAUGCUGUCAUCAUUUUGGGUACUUACGUGCACACUUUGUCUUAUUUUUUUAAUCAAACCCUGCUGGGUUUGUUGGUAGAUGUGAAUCUACCCUGGUGCCAUUAGAAAUGUGUUAUAUCAAAAACGUCUAUAUCAGAUUGUGUUUGUGUCUGUGAAUCUGACAUUUUCCUACGGAUCAAAGUCACUUUGUUCAAAAUGGCAUAAUAUCAUACUGUAUCGGGAUAUGUUUUCAGUGUUAAUCAUUACAGCCAGAUUUUUCCCUUUGUUUUUCACAUGUGUGAUGAUUAAUGCAUUAAAUUGGGGAAAAUAGCAAAUGUCAUGUUUUACACGCAUGUGCACACUAGAGUAUGGACUUUGUGUAUGCAUUGUGUGUAUAAAAAAAUUUUUAAAUGUAAAAUGACAGUGGGCUAUAUUUAACAACACGUUAAAGACCGGAAGUCAACGCGCCAAACCUAACAACAGAGGUCAAGAUACUCAUCACAUUACGCUUGCGAGUGUGGCCAAAUGAAUAGCCAGCAAGGGCGUAUGUGAAUGCAGGAGCCCCAUGUAGAGCCCCAACAGCUGCCUUACCUCCUUUAACCAGUACUAAACAAACGUCCCACAUGCCCAUUACACCACAUGUACUCUGUCCUACAAUCUUACCGAUGUGUUAUUGAGAACGACAGUACUAAAGAUUAUAUAAACGGCAAUGUUAUCAAACGAUGAUCCUGUGUUCUGUAUUUGAUGAUAAAAUGUAUUUAAAAAGAAGAAUAAACAUUUAUGCUCUUCACUCGG